GGCCGAGUUGCCCAGCGUUUCUAAAGGCAAACGCUUAGAGCCGCGCCGCAGAAUUGAUUAGCUGGGUUUUCCGAGACGUGUGAGCCUACGAAACAGUCGGCUAGAGCUGUGGGUGGUUCCGAGUCGCUUUGGGAAGAGGCCGCAUUUUACACUUGAUCUUAGUCAAAAGGCCGAGAAGCGAUAAGAGGCCGCUUUUUAACAGUAGGGUGAUAGCUGUGGUGAUGGAAGAGGCAUAGCUGUAUGGCAGCUAUUUUAAGGGAGAAGAGGCUUUACUUCCAGCAGCUGGUAGGCGAGCCUCCAGUCAGCCGCUGUGCUGCUUUUACAGUUGCUGGAUCAUUUUGAACCGCGAAUUACUCUAGCGGUUCAUCAUCUUAAAAUUGGGCAUCCUGCACAGUGUAAGCUUGCGUGUCCAGAUUGACCAAUCGCCUUGCAACUCCUAACCCUCCGCCAUCUUAACAUUUGGCACUUCCCACUGUAAUAGAGUGCAACAAAGCCUCUAGCGACCUUCUUGAUUGAGGGCAGAAUCGUUAGUGACGUUGCUGACGCUACGCCCGGCGUUCUCCUAGACCCACGUGGAAUCCGUGCUCAGAAUGCUGCGUCGUGAGGCCCGCCUUCGCCGGGAGUACCUGUACCGCAAGGCCCGAGAGGAGUCCCAGCGAGCUGCCCAGGACCGGAAGGAGAAGGUUCGGCGCGCCCUGGAAGAGAACCGCCUGAUUCCCACCGAAUUACGCAGGGAGGCUCUGACCUUACAGGGUUCCUUGGAGUUUGAUGACGCCGGCGGUGAAGGUGUGACCAACCAUGUGGAUGAUGAAUAUCGAUGGGCAGGGGUUGAAGAUCCUAAGGUCAUGAUCACUACCUCCCGAGACCCAAGUUCCCGCCUCAAGAUGUUUGCAAAGGAGCUGAAGUUGGUAUUCCCGGGCGCCCAACGCAUGAACCGUGGCCGGCAUGAGGUAGGGGCACUGGUGCGAGCCUGCAAAGCCAAUGGUGUCACUGACCUGCUGGUUGUCCAUGAGCAUCGAGGCACACCUGUGGGGCUCAUUGUCAGCCACCUGCCCUUCGGCCCCACUGCUUACUUCACACUGUGCAAUGUGGUCAUGCGCCAUGACAUUCCUGACCUGGGCACCGUGUCCGAGGCCAAGCCUCACCUCAUCAUGCAUGGCUUCUCCUCCCGACUAGGCAAGCGGGUCUCUGACAUACUCCGUUACCUGUUCCCCGUGCCAAAGGAUGACAGCCACCGUGUCAUCACCUUCGCAAACCAAGAUGACUAUAUCUCCUUCCGGCACCACGUAUAUAGGAAGACCAACCACCGCAGUGUGGAGCUGACAGAGGUUGGACCUCGCUUUGAACUGAAGUUGUACAUGAUACGCCUGGGCACGCUGGAACAGGAGGCCACAGCAGAUGUGGAGUGGCGCUGGCACCCAUACACCAACACCGCACGCAAGAGGGUCUUUCUGAGUGCUGAGUGAACCCACUUGCUGGUCAGGACGUGGACCUGACCCAGGACUUGGGGAGGGGUCAGAAUAAAGUCUGUUUGCCACACUA